AUGGGAAAAAACAACCACCAUAUAUACUUAGAGUGUCCCUGCAUCUCCAUUCUCCUAUACAGGCACACAGACACACAUAUAUACAAACAUACAGAUUUGGUUACAUAUGUACAUGAGAAUAAGAUGUAUACAUCUUUAUGUGUAUAUGUGCACACCGAUGUGAUGAUAUUAAAAACAAAAAGACAAAACAAAGAACAAAAUACAAAACAAAACAAAAUAAUAGCAGUGGUAAUAGUAGUGGUAAUAGUAGUAGUGAUAGUAGUUGUAGUAGUAGUAUUAAUUGACAGUUGUAGCAGAAUAAAAUAUUCUUAUUAUCUUUGUUUUUCCAGCCCGCCAUUUCUUGAGCCCAACAAAAAAACAAAAAAACAAAAAAACAUCAACAACAUCAAUAACAAUAGUAACAACAAUAAAGGGAAAAAGCACAGUUCCUGUAGAGCUUUGACUAUCUAUUCCCUGUGUUUUUCUGGCAAAAAAAUCCCCGACAAAGUUAGGGUUGAGUGUAUUCAAGAAAACGUGUGCGUUAUCAAAAAAACAAGAAAACAGAAAACAGCAAAAAAAGGGGAGGGGGCGAUGGGUGUGUUGCAGUGUGCUGUUGACACAAGAAUGUGCGAGAAGAUGAGGGUCUUGUUGGGUUUUCCCCUCCUAUGUUUCACAACUGGGAAUAGAGAAGACACAGUCGCUGUUCUCGUGCGAUCUCAUUAUCAAAGAAAAGAAAAGAAACAAAAAAUAACCUCUCUCUCUCCCCCAUAUAUUAUCCUUGUAUCUGCAACCAGCGCUGCAAAAUUUUUGCCUUUUCUUUUAGCUGUUAGCUUUUUAACCUUUUAG